AUGGGUAAAAGAAAGCAGAUCAAGAAGCUGGGUGCCGUGAAGCGCAUCAUGAACCCAGCCGCGUGAGUGUCUGCUCCUCUCGAACAAGAUUGCAGCCACCAUUCUACAUGCAUCCAUUCCCACAUCGCCUACCCCAACUUUCAACUGACCUCAUCUCCUUUCCGCUAUACUAUUGUCGACAGCAAGCAGCAGGCAGUGCAGUCCGCCGCAAAAGCCGAUGCGAAAGGCAAAGGCAAAGGCAAGGUAGCUUCCGGGAGCGGAGGACCUGGGGAAGGACCUGCGCGAAGACUUCAACCCGCAUCUUCAGCCCUCUUUUUCAAUCACAACGAGAGCUUGGGACCUCCUUAUCGCGUGCUGGUCGAUACCAACUUUAUCAAUUUCAGCUUGCAGAACAAGUUGGAAUUGGUGCAGGGAAUGAUGGAUUGCUUGUAUGCUGAAGGUGCGCAAAGUCUCCCUUGCCUUUCCCCUUCUCUUGCCUACGACGCUCACUAUGGUGGCUGACUUGGAGCACCGCCUCGCGCUACAGCUAUUCCUUGCAUCACUUCGUGCGUCAUUGCAGAGCUGGAGAAGCUGGGUACCAAGUACAGGAUGGCAUUGCGCGUGGCUAGGGACCCAAGGUUCGAGAGAUUGCCAUGCUCGCACAAGGGCACCUACGCGGAUGAUUGCAUUGUGGACAGAGUCAGCACUCACAAGUGCUUCAUGGUGGCGACUUGCGAUCGAGAAUUGAGGAGGAGAAUCAGAAGGAUACCGGUGAGUGUCACGCCAAGCAGUGCGUCAUCGCAUACAUGUUGGACCGUUCUAGAUCUUGUUGACCUCUCUCUCUCCACGUCAUGAACAGGGUAUUCCCUUGAUGUACAUCGCAAAGAGGCAGUAUAGGGUGGAGCGAUUGCCAGACCAAGGCAUGCCAUCAUGA